ACUUUUCUUUUCUCUCUCCAAAUCUCAUCUCCAUAUUCUCCAAAUCUCCAAAACCCUAAAAAUCACCAAAUUAAAUAUCCAUCCAAUCCUUUCUUUCCAUUCCAUCCAUACAUUAUAUAUUCCAUUUCUUUUCUCUCCUUAUAAUAACAAACAUAACAAAAAUGGCUAUGGCAUACAAAAAACCUACACCCGCCGCCACCACAACACCAAUGACGUCAUCCCAACCUCAAGUCAUCCUAACCCAAGACGACCUCAAAAAAAUCGCCGCAUACAAAGCCGUAGAAUUCGUUGAAUCCAACAUGAUUCUCGGACUAGGAACCGGUUCAACCGCAAAACACGCAAUAGACCGGAUAGGCCAGUUACUAAAACAAGGCAAACUAAAUAACAUCAUAGGAAUCCCAACAUCAAAACAAACACACCAACAAGCCUUAUCAUUAAACAUCCCAUUAUCCGACAUAGAUACCCACCCAGUUCUAGAUUUAGCCAUUGAUGGGGCAGACGAAGUUGACCCGGAUAUGAAUCUGGUAAAAGGUCGGGGCGGGUCGCUGCUCCGAGAAAAAAUGAUUGAAGGAUGUUGCAAGAAAUUUGUUGUUAUUGUUGAUGAAAGUAAAUUAGUUGAUUAUGUGGGUGGAAGUGGAUUAGCUAUGCCGGUUGAAAUUGUGCCAUUUUGUUGGAAAUUUACUUGUAAGAAAUUGGAAAAUUUAUUUGUUGGUAGUGGAUGUGUCGCUAAGUUGAGAUGUGACGGAAAUAGUGACCCUUUUGUGACGGAUAAUGGGAAUUAUAUAAUUGAUUUGUAUUUUAAGAAAGAUAUUGGGGAUUUGAAAGAAGCUGGGGAUAAGAUUUUGAGACUUGCAGGUGUUGUUGAACAUGGGAUGUUUAUUGAUAUGGCUACUACUUUGAUUGUAGCCAGUGAGAUGGGCGUGACUGUUAGGCAUAAGUAGAACUUCUGCUCAUGAUUGAUGAUUGACAAGAAGUUAGGCGGUUGAUAUAUCUCGUCUAUCUGAGAAUUCUUUAGUGAAAUAUCUGCAAAAGCUAUUCUUAUCCUUGCACCUUAAUGAAAAUGGCCUUUUAAUCUUUCUGUUGCUUUCUGGAGUUCUGGUGGCCUUUUAACUCUGGAAGUUGUUGGAGCUGUUACACGAUCUAAAGUAAUCUCAAGGUCUUCCUAUUGAUAACCAUGAGCCACAUAAUGGCUUAUCUUCUGAAAAACCACAUGACAAACAGAGACCCUGUGACGGUAGCUCUAAUCUUCCAUGUGCACAAGAAGAAAUGCCCGCUCCCAGGUCGAGGGUUAUUGGACCUGCAAUGAUAUCCAUCGAAUUGCUUGCUACAGCAACUAAUUUGAACCGAAGCAGAAGCUGAGUUAAUUUAUGUCAGUUUUUGUUGAUGGUUAUCCUGUUUAAUGGCAGCAAUUAAAGGCAUUUAGACAUUUAGUAUUCAGAAACAAAAUGCACAAUUUUCAAAAAGCACCACUAAAUUAUGAGAAAUAUUGUGCAGUAGAUGCAAUGGGAUCUACUGAAUGCAGUUAUAUAGAUUGCUUUUAGGAGAAGCAGACAGGAUCCAGCAAUUCAAUGGAAGGUUGUUUGCAUUGCAAGACGAGCCAGCGGUUUCUUGUGUAUGAUUGUCCCACAGUGAUACAUCUGGUUCAGCCCAGGCUACAGCAUUUAGUGAUUUUUGUCUAAAGGAUUAUGACUUAGUUUCUGUCCCAGAUGUUUUUUACCGCUGUAUAUCUAAGUCUUUGAAAGAGACGAGUUUCUAACUCAUGACUGAUGGGAUAUCUUCUUUUUUCUGCAACUAUAAUCGAGUAUUAAUUUUCCACCAA